AUGAAGACCGUAGCAAAUAUUGUCCUGGGACUUUUACUCCUUGAGGCGGCAGUGGCUGCUCCUACAAUACAACCCGUUAACUAUGACUCUGAUACCUAUGAUGUCACUUUGGAAGACUUGGAUAGUUUAUACAACUAUGAAAAUGGCCCCAUUGAUCAAAGAGAGAUUGAAAUUGUUACAGUGAUUCCUUCAGGGAAUCGAGAGCUACCUACCCCUCCGCCAGAGGAGCCCGAGGAAGAAGAAUCGACACCUAAGCUCAUUGAUGGCUCUUCCCCUCACGGUCCAGAAUUUCCUGUCGUCAUCUUCCCACCAACAAACGAAGAUCUUCCUGCUUGCCUUCUGUGCUCCUGUGUGAGCACCACUGUCUACUGUGAUGACCAUGAACUCGACGCGGUGCCCCUAUUGCCUAAGCAGACUGCUUAUUUCUAUUCUCGGUUUAACAAAAUCAAAAAGAUCAACAAAGAUGACUUUGCGAAUCUAAGCGAUUUAAAGAGGAUUGACCUGACAUCGAAUUUCAUAUCUGAGAUCGACGAAGAUGCUUUUAGGACCCUCCCCCAACUUCGGGAACUUGUCCUCCGUGACAACAGAAUUAGGCAACUCCCCGAGUUACCACCCACUCUAACAUUCAUUGAUAUAAGCAAUAACAGGCUUGGCCGGAAAGGGAUCAAACAAGAAGCAUUCAAAGAUAUGGAUGAUCUUCAUCAUCUUUACAUCACUGAUAACAAUUUGGACCACAUUCCCCUCCCUCUCCCUCAAAACCUCCAAGCCCUCCAUCUCCAGAAUAACAACAUUCUGGAGAUGCACGAAGAUACGUUUUGCAAUGUUAAAAACUUGACAUAUGUACGCAAGGCUCUAGAGGAUAUUAGGCUUGAUGGAAAUCCUAUAAAUCUGAGUAAAACUCCUCAAGCUUACAUGUGUCUACCUCGUUUGCCAGUUGGUAGCCUCAUCUAAAAUGGAAAAUGGUCAACAUUGUCACGUGCCAUCUCUAAGGACAAAAGAACAGUCGAUUCUCCUUUAGUAAAGUAACCAAGGGUGCGUUCCGAGUUCGGUAUUCGGAAGAGUUUCGUGAAUCGAAUCUCAAAAGGUAAUGACAUGCUAAUAAAAGUUUAUUAUAUAUGAAAAAGCCAGAUGCAUACAUGUGCAAAAUGAAAUACAUGGAAUAGAAAAUACGCAUCAUUUUUAUAUGUAAUCAAAUUCACUUUCCAAGUUCUGGAGUUUCGUAAUGUUAUAUAAUUUCAAAUUAUUUACACAAUGGAAAGAAGAAAAAGAAGCAUAUGAGCCAGGGAUUGGCUGCUUUAGUUGGAUUUAAUAAUCUUUCAAGAAGUUUCCUUUUGAAAAUGUCGUCGUCGAGAUUCUAGAUUGUUUUGGAAAAAAGAAAAACAAAAAAAUCAAAUAUAACUUGUAUGGAAAAUAUUGUAUAGUAGUCAUGAAUAAAUGUGAAGAUCGCUAUACUGAGUAAAUAAACAUACCCAAAA